AUGGCUCAAUUCUUCGGCCUCGGCACUAGCGUUCCCUUCCCUCCUCUCUACAAGAUGGCCUACCAGAUCGCGGUCUUCUUCGUCUUUGAGGAUGCAUGGCACUACUGGAUGCACCGCGCCUUCCACUGGGGUCCCCUCUACAAGGCCGUUCACAAGAUUCACCACCAAUACUCUGCUCCUUUCGGUCUCGCCGCUGAGUACGCCUCGCCAAUUGAAGUCAUGAGCUUGGGCUUCGGUACCGUUGGUAUUCCCAUCGUAUGGUGCGCCAUCACUGGAGACCUCCACAUCUUGACCAUGUACAUCUGGAUUGUCCUUCGCCUCUUCCAAGCCAUCGACGCACACUCUGGCUACGACUCUUUCCGCUGGUGGGACUACUGCUUGGACACCGAGGCCGGUCCUGAGGCUUCCAAGAGAAGAAGAGAGGCAAAGCUCGCAAAGGCCAGAAAGGCUCAGUAA